AUGGAUAUAAAUACAGAGGGGACCUUCUGUUCGGCCUCAAACCAACCAGCUCUCUCUUCAUCAGAGUCACCUCCUCCUCUUCCUCCUUCAUCUCCUGCAACUGUCCAGGUGAGUUUUAUCCGUCCAUUACCUCUACCUUCCUUCAACAAUUACCUUUAAAUCUAUAAAUGACUUAUCCUUUGGUUUUGUACUUUUUCUGCCCAUCUUCACCUGUUUUAACCUUUUAACUCUUUCGAUUAUUUCCCCCUAAAACACUCGUAGAUGUGAUCUGUACUUUAUUUUGUUUCAUCAUACUGUGUGGAGCACCACAGGGCUCUAUGCUAGGUCCUCUUUGAAUUCUUAUAUGAUGAAACAAAUAGAAUCUGCAAAGUUUUUAAGUGUAAUUAUUGAUAACAAGCUCAGCUGGAAAAGCACAUCAUAUAUGUCCGCUAUAUAUAUUUGAAUUAAAAGACGCUGUUCUGUUCAAAGUUUUAACGUCUGACUUUUUUGCGUUCAGGUCUCCUCCAUCAUGGCAGCUCUGUGGCUCCAGUCUGUGUCUCUGCUGGUUUUACUGGUUGUGUCAUGGCCAAGCACUGAGGCUGCCGCCCCCCCUCAACACCUGUGUGGCUCCCACCUGGUGGAUGCCCUUUACCUGGUAUGCGGGGACCGAGGCUUCUUCUACAACCCCAAGAGAGACGUGGAUUCCCUGAUGGGUGAGACAGUGAACUAAAAACCUCCAGUGUAAAAUCGUUCAAUACGGGUUACCUGUGUCGUCUCCUGUGAUUAUUCCUCAGCCUUUUGUGGCGUGAGAUAAACAAGAUAACAACCUCUCACUUUGUGUCUGUUCGCCCUGUUAGGUUUCCUCCCCCCUAAGGCAGGCAGUGCGACCACAGCAGGCGGCGAGAACGAGGUGGCGGAGUUCGCAUUCAAGGACCAGAUGGAGAUGAUGGUCAAGCGCGGCAUCGUGGAGCAGUGCUGCCACAGAGCCUGCAACCUGUUCGACCUGCAGGGCUACUGCAACUAA